UGCUACGUAGGAGGCGAAACCCACAUCGUUUCCUUUCCAUCCUUCAUUGCUAUCUCUGUCUCCUCCCUCACUACUCAUCUUACCUCCACCUUUCACAUCAACAUGCCGUUUAUGGUUAAGUAUCAACUUCCUCAUCACGACCUUGAUGCCCUUAUCUCUAUCGCUAGCGAGGAUGAUCUCCAAAUCAUGCUAGAGGAACUCGAACGCCUUUCCACCUUGCCUGAUCCUUCUCGCAUUUGAUUGUUCCUCUUCCCCGUCAAGCCCUGUUUGUUGGUUUGCAUUGAGUCCAAUCUGUUAGAGCCAGAGCAACCAGUCAUGAAGCGGCGCGAGGGAAAUGGAGGCAUUCUUGGCUUGGGGCUGCCCGAUGCUGAGUUGACUGGGACUGAGUUUAGUUA